AUGUCUUCCUCUUCUGUUGUUGUUAUCGGAACCGGUUUGGCCGGUCUGGCCGCUGCCAAUGAAUUGGUUAAUAAGUAUAACAUUCCUGUAACCAUCCUCGAAAAGGCAUCCUCCAUCGGUGGGAACUCAAUCAAGGCCUCCAGUGGUAUCAACGGUGCCUGCACCGAGACCCAACGUCACUUCCACAUCGAGGACUCACCAAGCUUAUUUGAAGAUGACACCGUCAAGUCUGCUAAAGGUAAAGGUGUUCAGGAAUUAAUGGGCAAGUUAGCUAAUGAUUCUCCCUUGGCCAUUGAAUGGUUGAAAAACGAAUUUGAUUUGAAGUUGGAUCUAUUGGCCCAAUUGGGAGGUCAUUCCGUGGCUAGAACUCACAGAUCGUCUGGAAAGUUGCCUCCGGGUUUCGAGAUUGUUUCUGCCUUAUCUAACAAUUUGAAAAAACUAGCUGAGACUAAACCAGAUUUAGUCAAGAUCAACCUAGACAGUAAAGUCGUAGACAUCCAUGAAAACGAUGGCUCUAUUUCUGCUAUAGUGUAUGAGGACAAAAAUGGCGAAAAGCAUACAUUAAGUGCUUCCGAUGUUGUUUUUUGUUCUGGGGGGUUCGGCUUUUCUAAGGAAAUGCUUAAAGAAUACGCACCUGAACUGGUGAACCUGCCAACAACAAAUGGCCAACAAACAACUGGGGACGGUCAGAGACUUCUACAGAAAUUGGGUGCUGAUCUGAUUGACAUGGAUCAAAUCCAAGUUCACCCAACUGGGUUCAUUGAUCCAAGCGAUCGUAACUCGAGCUGGAAAUUCUUGGCUGCCGAAUCCUUAAGAGGCCUUGGUGGUAUUCUAUUGAAUCCUAUCACCGGUAGAAGAUUCGUCAACGAGUUGACCACAAGAGAUGUCGUCACCGCAGCUAUUCAAAAGGUUUGUCCCCAAGACGAUAACAGAGCACUCUUGGUCAUGGGCGAAAAAAUGUAUACAGAUUUGAAGAAUAAUUUGGACUUUUACAUGUUCAAGAAACUUGUACAGAAAUUGACGUUAUCUCAAGUUGUUUCUGAAUACAAAUUGCCAAUCACUGUCGCACAAUUGUGCCAGGAAUUACAGACAUACUCUUCGUUCACCACCAAAGCUGAUCCAUUAGGGCGCACCGUUAUUCUCAACGAAUUUGGCUCCGACGUUGCCCCGGAAACCGUGGUGUUUAUUGGUGAAGUAACGCCUGUUGUUCAUUUCACCAUGGGCGGUGCUAGAAUCAAUGUCAACGCUCAAGUCAUUGGCAAGAACGAUGAGCCGCUACUAAAAGGUUUGUAUGCGGCUGGUGAAGUUUCUGGUGGUGUCCAUGGUGCCAAUAGAUUGGGCGGGUCAAGCUUGUUAGAAUGCGUUGUUUUUGGUAGAACUGCUGCUAAAUCUAUUGCCAACGACCGUAAGUAA